AAUUUUAGUCAUCUUUAUGUGCUGAAGUGCUGCUGGUUUGGACGUUAAAGCGUAAAUCACCAUGUAUUCAAUCGUCGAAGGUACCAGAAAUCUAGUGGAUAAGAUGCGUCGUCGUGUUAUCGAUGGUAAUUCUGCUGGUGAAAGUUGUUCGUCGUUUGGUUCCAGAAUAAAGCUUACAAAUGAGUGUAGCGUUCCACCGAGAACAAACUCGAUGGGCUAUACUGAACUGAUGGGAGGUUCAGUGCCUUGUCCGAGUUGUAAAGGCUCUGGACGAAUCCCAAAAGAAUUAGAGGAAACAUUGGUAGCUCUAAUUCCAGUUAAUGACGAUCGUUUGAAACCUAAAAAAACCUGGCUUUACGUUUUCUGCGUCGUUCUUGGCUGUCUCUCACUAGCAGGUGUUGUAAUUUUCUUAUUGGUGCCACGUGCGAUUUAUCUAAGUAGUACAAGGCCACCAGUUGAAAUCAUAACAGUUUUUGCUCAUGACAAAAAUCAUAUCAGUUUUCAUUUUAUGAACGAAUUCAAUAUAUCGAAUGCAAAUUAUUAUUCUGUAAAAGUGCUAAAUUCAUCAGCCACGAUCUUAUCGAAGUUUCAACCCUGGUCAACUGAUGUCAUUGGUGUUGGUGGCAACACCACUGAUGUGUUUGUUGGACCGAGAACUAGUCGAGAGCAAACUUUACAGUUCAACAAUACAGUGACAUUGAAAGGUGGUGUCGCGGAAUACUGUCAGGCGCCAUUUUCGCGGUUAAUUUCACUCUAUGUUAACAUGCAGUUUGACAUAUCAGUCACAUUGGAAUAUUUAAAUCAUCAGGAGCAGGCAACUCUCUCGGUUGUUCAGCAAGUCUGUUGUGUACCGUCUGGCAAUUGUACUGCUACUGAGUGGUAAUGUAUGUUUAGAUUGGUUUUUUUUAACAUUUAUGAAGAGUUCGAUUGUUUUGGUAGCAGUUGUUGUUUCAGUAAUACAAAGAACUUUACGUUAUAUUGUCACAUUAUUACUAUAUGUUCCAUACUGUUUUUGAAAUUGUGAUAUUUAGCAAUUUUUGUAUUUACAAGUUGUUUAGCCGUUUCACCGAAUCAUAGCUUUCGGUCAGGAAUUUUA